AGCAAGCGUACUUGUCUCCAAAUUUUCCGAUACUUACUACAUUACAUUCUCUCUGUCACUUCUCGAAGGCGAGCUUUUGUGGGGAAUUCUCAAUCCCGUCACCUCUGCCGAUCUGCCGUAUUGCGGGGGAUAACCCGAAAAGGCAGCUCGUAUAAGAUGGAUAGAGCGAUCACAACACAAAGUUCACCACUAUUGGCGCGCGAAUUUGUCAUGUUGAUCUGGCACUGAAGUUCCUUGCGCUCCAGUAAGAUAGCUAUGACAGCUAUGGUGGAGAGACAAACCUCGUUGCGCCACCCCGCACUUAACUUGAUUCUGACGCUAUCAGGAUGCAGGUAAAUGCAAAUGAUGACCGUAUGAUUUUAUAUUAGGUUUUCACAGCUUAUGACUAUGUAACGUUGGCAAUCAUACAUGGUUGUCUGGAGAUAUAAGUAGUAGGCUUGAUCAUGAUGUUCUGACAAUCAUCGACCAGCCGGCAAUAGUCGUCACUGGACUGCAUCAACACAUCACGAUGGGCAUCAUAAAUAUUGUAGCGUUGCUCUGCCUUUGCUCAGGGCCAAUUCUGGCUCAAGCUGAUGACCUGGGACUCUCGAGGGGGUACAUAUCGUUCGAAACUAGCGACUUCAAUGUCAAAGUCGUUAAUAGCUCACAGACGUUGGCAUCUAUCUCGCCGAAAUCAAAGCCUGCGUUCGACUUUUCUCCAUUCGACGUACUGGCCAAGCGAGCAGCCAACGGAAACUACCAUCUUGGUGACGUCGCCAUACGAUACAGGACCGUUGGCACCCAACAAUGGAUAGACUUGAAUUCCGCAACUGCACGGAAGCCAGUCCUGCCCCUCCAGAAAAGCGGCUCCGUCGCGGCUUCUGAUCUCUCUCCCACAAUUUCAGCAGGUUCACCACUCGAUAUCACUCGAGAGUGGGGUGUCGAUGGAGGAGAUGUGACAUUAUCGUUCACUGCCAAGAACUCUGAAUGUUUAUCCAUUGAGAUCGGUUCCUUCGGCUUUCCAGUAGAGUUCAACAGCAUUUUCACAAGCAGAACUGCAAAAGAUACUCAAGCAAACUGCUCACUCACGGAUCCAAAUAUCGGCCUCGCGGGAGGAUACCUUCGUGUGACACCAUUGGAGGGAGCUGGGGCUUCGUUAGUCGUAACUCCACUGAGGGGCACGGCAUUUGAGGGAUGGAGGUUUCUCCCUGAGGAUGAAGAUACCGAUCUUGCAUACCAAAGUCAAGUUUUUGAGGGUUUUUACUCGUGGGAAGUUCAUACCCUGGCGUAUGCCGAGCAAGAGUGGAAUAAAACAACGCCAUGGAAUCCACCGACAUCGAAAAUUCUUGCUGCGGGUGAGUCAAUAACAUAUGGACUACGCUUCUCGCUUGCAGGAGAUGUGCGAAGUAUUGAAGAUACAGUGAAGAAGACGAACACUCCUUUGGCCAUCGGAGUUCCUGGAUACAUUAUCCACGGGGAUACUUCAGCACAACUUCACCUGUUUUACAACUCCACUGUCUCGUCAAUUACAUCUGAUCCUGCUGGUGCCUUCCGAUUUAAUGCUAUCAGCCAAGGAUACACACUCACGCCAUCACCAUCAGCUUGGGGACGAGUGAGGGUGAAUAUAGGCUAUGCUAACGGAGCGAAGCAAUCCGUAUCUUACUUCAUCACCAAGUCUGGACCGCAGCAGCUCACCGACCUUGGCCAUUUCCUCUUCACGUCCCAAUACUACACAAAUACCUCGGAUCCAUUUCAUCGAGCGCCAUCUAUCAUUUCUUAUGAUCGCUCGGUCAAUGACUAUGUGCUUCAAGAUCCUCGAGUCUGGAUUGCUGGUCUGAGCGAUGAGGGCGGAGCUGGGGCUUGGCUUGCCGCAGCCAUGAAGCAAGCAGCGCAACCCAAUGCCGCAGAAGUCUCCAAGCUUGAGGACUUUAUCCACCAGGUUGUUCUUGGGACAUUACAACCAGGGAACAGCUCAGCUGUUCGAAAGAGUGUGUUCUAUUACCAACCAAACUCAACUUCGGAUCAUUACAGCGACAAAAUCGAUUGGUCUAAUUGGUGGAGCUGGAAUAUCGCUGAUGCGUACGCGACCAAUCGAGCUUACGACUAUGUUCAUGUCAGCGCUGCGUACUGGGCGUUGUAUCGUGUCGCAAGAUUCUAUCCGCAUAUUGUACGUCAAGCGAGCUGGGAUUGGUAUCUCUCGCAAUCAUACAACACCGUGAUGUAUUGCAUGGGGACAAAUUAUCGAGGAAAGCCCAACGCAGCAUAUAGCGAGCUGGGAUUGAUGGGCGAAACAGUAUGGGGGUAUCUCCUCGAUGAUCUUAAAGCCGAGAACUACACCACUCAAGCAAAUGCUCUGGAAGCACGAAUGAAGCGGCGAGCCGAAGCGUGGUCGACCCAAGCUGUCCCUUACGGCAGCGAAAUGGCUUGGGACUCAACUGGUCAAGAAGGCGUCUAUUACUGGACAAACUAUUUCGGGCUUAACGAUGCGGCAACCAAAACAAUCAAUAGCAUUCUCGGGUACAUGCCUACAGUCAGUCAUUGGGGAUGGAAUGGGAAUGCUAGACGGUACUGGGACUUCUGGUAUGGAGGAAAGCUUCAACGAUACGAGCGCCAGAUCCACCAUUACGGCUCUGGACUCAACUCAUUGCCGUUGCUUGAGCAUUUCCAGCAAGAGCCAUCAGAUGUGUAUGCCCUUCGAGUAGGAUACGGCGGAAAUUCCGGUCCUCUGUCGAAUAUUGACCAAGAAGGUUUCGCCGCAGCAGCGUUCCAUUCUUGGCCUGAUACUCUUGCAUGGGAUGCAUAUUCCGGAGAUUAUGGGCCAAAUUUUCUUGGUCAUGUCUUUGGGGCCGGAACAUAUGUUGUCCAUGAUAAAGAGUUAGGCUUGCUGUCGUUCGGCGGAAGUGCGACUUCCGUUGGGAAUAGUGUCAUCGUCGUGCCGAAUGAUGCUGUGAGGAGAAAAGUUUACCUCGCAAUGUUUGGAACGCAGAUUGCUGUCGAAGCUGGAAACAUCGAGACGGUGACUUACUCGGAGAGUACAAAAGCGAUAACGGUGCAAAUUGCAUCGAAGGUUGCAAGUGUAUUUGGCAUGGUAGCAGCUAGCAGUACGAUCUUGAAAGUGAAGAAGAUGGCUCAGGUGGGAUCGCUUGGUACUCCUGUGGUUACAACAUCUAGAAUUGUGACUGAGAGGGGUGGUUGGCUUGUGGAUCUUAGCAGAGGGACUGCUACCAUUGAUAUCGGGUUUCAAUGAGCAUUAAACAUUGGUGGCCUGACUAGAAUUUUCGUAGAAAGUAAAUCGAG